UUUAAUUUCCCCAAAAAGCUCAGUUUAAUACAAACAUCGCAAAUUUAGAACAACAAAUCGAAGAAAUGUCCAAAUUGUUUGGCUYAUUUUACGAAACAUGAUCUAGUUUUUUUUUUAAAUAAUUGUUGUUGAUUGUUUUUGACAGUUGACAGRUGUGGCGACUUUUGUGUUGGUGGUGGUUGAAGUUGUUUGCAAAAAUUUAUUAAAUUUUGAUGCUUAUAAUUAAAAGUUUGUGUUUACAUGCAGAUUACGUAUAUUUUGCGCAAGCUUUAGUGAAUGCAUUUUGGCGGUUAACUCUUGUGUGUGAAGAAAUGUUUAUCAAUGUWGAAAAGUCUCAAAAUAGGGUUAGAAUUACUGGAAUGUAAUUCUUUUCAAGUGUAGUUGAUUGUAAUUCAACCUGAAGUGAGGUUAGCGCCCCCUUGCUAGAAUGAGUGGCCAAGUGGACGACACUAUUAUCAAAAUGGUGCGGAAUUUGAAGUCGACUGUUGGGGACGAAGCCGACAAUUUUACCCCAGGGAAUCACUACAAGCGCUCUUUUAGUUCAGUUUCAAACGACAGUGAGUGCAGUUUCGAAGAGCCCCUUAAAAGACCGAAGCGCGAAAGUAUGCUGAACGUGUCUUACGUGGGGUCCCCUCGUGAAGUGAGACGUUUGCGAAACGACGUUUUGGAGGGGCGCAACACAAUUCUGAAUUUGGAAAAUCGGAUUCAGCACAUGCACAAUGUGAGGAAGGAAAUGGAGUUGAUGUACCAAAACGAAGUAAAAUUGUUGAAGAAGCAGCACGAACAUGAUAGGAAAAGCAUCGAAGAUUUGGAAACGCAAUUGAUUUCGAUCAGGCAAAGGGAAGCUGAAGUGAAAAAACAACUUGCUGAGGUCACCAGCAACUACAACAUGUUGAAAGUGCGCAAAGACGAGGAAAUUGAAGAGCUUGAGAAGAGUCUCUCCGAGAUGAAGGAAGAAUCACGACUGUUUGACGGUGAAGAAAACACCGAAAUUGUGGCUUUGAAUCGGAAGUUGGCCGAGUUGCAAAUGAUGUUGGAUGCUGCUGAAGAAGACGCCGACGCACAGAAAAAACUAGUUCUUGAAUUAGAAAAACAGUUAGCGGAGAAAAAUGCUGUAGAUAGAGAAAUAGAGAAGAAGYCCCAAGCGCUUCAAACCGCCACCUUGCGCAUAAAAGAGUUGGAGUACGCAAAAGAAAACUUUUUGGAAUUCCAAGAUCAGGCCAAAAGUCAAGCGAAGAAGUUGGCCAACUAUUGCGAUUUGGGGAAGGAAGUUGAGAAACUGAGGGAGGAAAAUGUCAGAUUGAAGGAUGAAGUUAAGAAUAAGUUAUUGUUGGAAGAGGAAGUUCACGAUUUGAAGUCGCGUUUAGUGAAAUACAAAGAACAGGAAAAGAAAUUGGCGWGUUUAGAGGCUGAAAAAGUCCAAACUGGAAUGUAUUUAGAUGAAUGGCGGGCGGUGGCGCGUGGAAUUUGUGAAACGGUGGGUUCGGAUUCGUCGCUUCCUCAUCUCUUACGUUGCGCUGUUGAAAAGUUGCAACAACAGGAGAUUUCGCUGACGUCGGCAAAGGUCGAAUUGGAAUCGCAAUUAACAGCCGCCUUAUAUCUGAAGAAAACCGGCGAACAAAAACAGGCUCUUUUGCAUCGCAUGCAGAAAAAACUCCUGUUAGUGAGUCGGGAAAGAGACAGUUAUCGAUUGCAGCUCGAUUCGUACGAAAAAGACUUAACAAUGUCUAUCGCCCCAUCGUCGAAUGCCAAUUCGAGUCAGCUGCAAACUCAACGAGAGAGAAUCGUUGCGUUGGAGAGAAUUAUAGAGAGCUACAAAGAGCUAAAUGCAAAAUUGGAGUCGGAUUUGCAAAAUAGUAAUCCGGCUUUAUAUUCCGACAGUCCCAGUGGUAAAGCUGAGCAAAUGGGGAAAUUACAGGAAGAAAACGACCAACUCAAGAUGGAAAAUGAGAUGUUGAAGCAGCGUCGAGAUCAGCUUGAAAUCCAAUUGGAAAAUUACCUUGUCGGCAAUGACACUCUUCAAGGGGGCCAAGUUUAUCAUUUGGCGAAUAAUCCUCUAGCGGAGUGUUUGGCGGAAAGGGAGAAAUUGGUCGAGAAACUGGAGUUGGAGAUUGAGAAGCUGAAAAGGAAGAUAAAAGACAUGGCCGAAGGAAUCGAAGCCAGUAAGCUUAGCGAAUCAGUGUGUCCACAAGAGGUUCAAUCUUUAAAAGAACAAAUCAAAACGCACGAUGCGCAAACACAACGACUUAAAGAGUAUUUUAAAACGUCGUUUCAAGAAUUUCGCAAUGUUAUUUAUAUGUUGCUCGGUUAUAAAAUUGAUAGGACACAAACGUCGUUGUAUAAAUUGACAAAUAUGUAUGCUGAACGUUCCGAGGAUCAGCUAUGCUUCCAAUUAAACAGCGAGGGCAAUUUGAAUUUGUUAGAAAACGAGUUUAGCUCAAGUCUUGAGCAAAUGGUCAACUUGCAUUUACACCACCAAAAGUCCAUUCCGGUGUUUUUGAGCGCCCUCACGAUAGAUUUGUUCAAUAACAGCACGAUGGCGACUAAAACUUACGAAAUUGAAUAAUUUAAUUUCUUAAUUUGACAGUUUUCGCUUAGGUAAUAAAAACUCUAAAGGACAGAGUUGUUCAUUGAAACCUUGCAUGUCUCAAAGGUGUAGUAAUAAAAUAGUGGUUAAACAAGCACGACUUUAUUCAAAAAAUAAUUUAUUAACAAGUGUUUUCACGAAUUAGGCACGAAAACAAAUUGUAAAGAUCACAAUAAGAGAAAAACUUUUUGGUGUAUCACAAUGAGCACCAAAAAUCGUAGCCUUACCUACUGAUAAAAUAUAAAUAAAAAUAAAU